GAUGAGGAGGAGUUUAUGGUAAAACGUCUUCAUGAUUCAACUUCCUCCAGCUAAUAAUGGGCGUCGCCUUUCCAACUUCCCUGAAAGGUGUGGCGAUAUUGGCUCACUGUGAAAAACCAGCUCUGACAUCAAACCAGCUCUCCUAUUUAGUUUGAGACUUUCAUCACAUAACCAUGUCUAAUGUUUGGGAUGACUUGGACCUGCUCUUAGACAACCCCUCUUCACUGACUGUUACAUCCAGUGCUAGAGGGACUGUGAAGGACAAGGCGAACUUCAAAGUGGAAGAAGAUGUGGCUGCAAUCCGGAAAGCUAUUGAAGGCAUUGGGACGACAGAGAAGACACUUAUCGAGGUCUUGACCCAAAGAAGUAAUGCUCAGCGGCAGCUUAUUGCAAAGGCCUAUCAUAAAGCCACAGGAAGGACAUUAGAAGCUGACCUGGAGGGGGACACUCAUGGUGACUUUGAGGAUGUGUUGGUGGCCUUAAUAACACCUCCUGAAGUGUUUGACUGUCGGGAAGUCAUUAGAGCCAUCAAGGGUGCAGGAACCACAGAGAGCACGCUGACUGAAAUCUUUACCUCAAGAUCCAACAGACAGAUCAAGGCCUUGUCUGAAACAUACCUUGCAGAAACUGGAAGAUCAAUGAUUCAUGACCUUCAGUCAGAAGUGUCAGGAGAUUAUGCCAAAGCUCUGCUCAUCUUGGCUGAGGGCAAGAGAGACGAAACCACCAAUGUGGAUGCUGCUAAGGCUAAAGCAGAUGCAAAGGCCCUGUAUGAGGCAGGGGAGAAGAAGUGGGGGACUGAUGAAGCAAAGUUUAUCGACAUCUUGUGCCACAGGAGUGUUCCCCAGCUUCGACAGACCCUGGUCGAGUACAAGAACCUGAGUAAGAAGACUCUGCAGGAGAGCAUUGAGAGUGAAAUGUCUGGAAACCUGGAGAAAUUACUGGUGGCUGUUGUGAAAUGUGUGAAGAGCGUUCCACUUUACCUUGCUGAGAGGCUUUUCAAGAGCAUGAAGGGUGCAGGGACCACAGAGUCAACUCUGACCAGGAUUAUAGUGAGUCGCUCAGAGAUUGAUCUAUUGGACAUCAGAGCCGAAUACAAGAAGCUGUUUGGAUGCUCCCUCUACACACAGUUAGAGUCUGAAGUGUCCGGCAGUUAUGGCGACACCCUCAAGCAUCUCUGCGGCCAAGAUGACUAACUCCUCCCCACAGCUGUGAUGAAAAACAUGUGGUGUCUAGUGAAGCUUUUCCCCGUAGCUGAUCAGAUGAACUGCAUCUAAUGAUGACAAUGACCAGUCGUGACCUUUACAUUAGUGUGAAACAUUUUCUAGAGCGCAGCUGGGACUAAACAUUAGAAAUGCUUCUAAAAGAGGAAUUCCUACGACAUUCAACCAGACAUUUCUAUCAUUUAAAAAUAUAGUGGUGUGCUAAAAGAAGCAGCUGUUAUUCAAGGGUAGGAUGAAGUGUUAUGUCUUUCUGAAUAUAUAAAAAUGUAUUCUAUGUGACUGAUGGAUGUUAUCAACUUAACAUUUCCUACUUUAUGGGGCUUUAUUUUCUUUUAUAUUGUAACAGAUCAUCUACACAGAUAACUAAUGUCCAUACUUUCAUUUUAAGAAGAUAAACAGUGUUUUCUCUUUUCACAGUGUUUUUAUGUGAGUAAUAAAGAGGUACACAGUGUCAUUAAUAAAAGAAAA